AUGUGGCUACAUGUAUCUGUAGUAAAAUAUGAAACUGUCAAUCUCCAUGGUGUUUCUUAUUCCAAGUUUGAUGUGCAGGUAAUUCUAAAUGACUUUGACUGUGGAGUGGGUCCGCCAUCUAUUUUGCACGAUGUGGUAAUUCAUUAUGUCGAUAACAACAAGGGAAGUACAGCUCGCCUGAAAUGCAAGGACUAUGUGAGGUUUUCAGAGGGGUCAGGACAUGCUGUUUGUACAAACCAGGGCAAAUGGCAGGUGGAUCUGAACUGCAGCGUUCCCUUGGAUUGUAAAGAGCUGUACGACAAAUACGAUGUUCGUGAGAGUGGGCCUCAUUAUAUUUCUCCUGACAAGACUUCCGGUAUCCUUGCCAACUGUGACAUGACCACAGAGGGAGGCGGGUGGACGAUAAUACAAAGACGAAUAAAUCCAGAUCUGGAUUUCUAUAAAAGCUGGAGUGAAUACAAAACUGGAUUUGGAAACAUCAGCAGCAACUUUUGGCUUGGUAACGAUGCAUUGCACGCACUGACGGCCACGCCAAAUACUUUACGAUUCGUCUUAACGGACUUCUCAAACAACGUUAAAUAUGCAGAUUACAAAAAUGUGGAAGUCAAAGACGAACAAGACCAUUACAGGUUGAAUUUCGAAGAGUAUCUUGAAGGCAACGCAGGAAAUGCUUUGAAGGGAAGUGAAUCUAAAUACUGGGCUUAUGGAAUGCAGUUUAGUACACAUGAUAUGGACAAUGAUAACUUGGACUCCGUGAAUUGUGGUUCUUACAUGAAAGGGGGGUGGUGGUAUAAUAGCUGUACAACCUCUAAUCUGAACGGUGUUUACUGCGAGUCCUCAGAUAGGCAUAACUGUAUGACGUGGUCCGAAUCCGAUGAUUAUUCCGAACUCAGAGUCGGUCAUAAGGAAACUGUGAUCAUGAUCCGUAGGACCGUGUGAAAUACAUGGAAAACAUUGAACAUAUUUUUUUCUAUUCUAAAGGAUAAAACUGUUGAUCAAACCUAUCUCAGUAAUUGGCUUUGAAGAUGUUUCCUUUCAGAUCAAAUUGAAAAAUACU